GUGACAGUAGUGAACUGUGGUUGUGAAGCGGUUAUUGCACUGAGCAAGUAACGCGGCGUACGGCUAAAAAAUAUUAUCGAAUUAAUAAUUUUCACUUUACCUUUGUAACGAAUCGAUGUAUAUUUUAGCUAAAGUUUGGACAUUUCUGAUUAAUUUAUUAUAAUUCCUCAUAGAUGAACACUUAAAUAGAAUUUUUGCAGAAGACGUUCUUGCAGCUAUGACUCAAUGCUGAGAAUAAACAAUGGGGAAGCCGUGGGUGUGUAUCAUUUUACUUGUAACUUGGUGUGUUAUCAACUGUGACGGCGAACGUGGUUAUUAUCUAGGCUGUUACACGUUAGACGUCGAAGACUUGUUGAAUACACAUACCGGACAGAAUGUUGAUGUGUGUCUUUCGGCGUGCGAACAAGUUUAUUACAAAUAUGCUGUUAUCGGCAACGAGUCUACUUGUUUCUGUGGCAACUCGCCCGGUCAGUCAGCGUUACCACUGGAACAUUGUGACACGCCAUGUCCCAAGAACGAGACUCAGAAAUGUGGUGGAGUGAAUGCAUCGAGUGUAUAUGAUACAGAAGUGACAGCUCCGGGGCCGCCGGCCUCAGUAGAGGUGGUGAAUGUGACAGAGACGACGGCUCGCGUGCGGUGGACGCAUCCGCAGGCACACUCGCUCAUCACUGGGUAUGUGAUGCGGGCUAUCGUGACCGAAACUUAUGCCGAUGUUCUGCUGCCGCGGUUAGAAUGGCGGUUCACAAACGAUACAUCCCAUAAUGAACUUUUAAACUUGCAACCAGGCUCGGCAUACUCUGUCAGUGUUGCUGCUUCGAACUAUGAUGAGGAAGGUCCCAACAUUACUACAACAUUGACUACGAUUAUUGGUACUCCAGAUCCAAGCCCUCCAGAAAUAAUUAUUGUAGACAGGAAAGGUGACAGAAUGGUCAUUCAUAUCCCUGAAGCUAAGAAUGUGAAUGGUCCAGUAUCUUUGUACCGGGUGAUUGUUUCAGUGGAACUAUACCAGCAAGGUUACAUCGCCGAGACACUUGGUAACUACACAUAUGCAAUGGACCAGGGCUUACCUUACUACAUAACAGCAGAAUUGGAUCCGUAUGAUAUAAAAAAUGACUUUGUUAUUGGAGAUAGAAGUACCUACAAUGGAUUCUAUAAUGCACCAUUACCACUCACUAAUGAUAUUGAUGUUUCUCUUGGCAUUGUUAGUGAGAAAAAUCAUGUUAAGAAAAUAAGGUAUGCGGAGUCUACUAAAAAGAUUAUUUUAAAUAUUAACGAGCCUGAAGAUACUCAGAAAUGUGGUGGAGUGAAUGCUUCGAGUGUAUGUGAUACAGAAGUGACAGCUCCGGGGCCGCCGGCCUCAGUAGAGGUGGUGAAUGUGACAGAGACGACGGCUCGCGUGCGGUGGACGCAUCCGCAGGCACACUCGCUCAUCACUGGGUAUGUGAUGCGGGCUAUCGUGACCGAAACUUAUGCCGAUGUUCUGCUGCCGCCGUUAGAAUGGCGGUUCACAAACGAUACAUCCCAUAAUGAACUUUUAAACUUGCAACCAGGCUCGGCAUACUCUGUCAGUGUUGCUGCUUUGAACUAUGAUGAGGAAGGUCCCAACAUUACUACAACAUUGACUACGAUUAUUGGUACUCCAGAUCCAAGCCCUCCAGAAAUAAUUAUUGUAGACAGGAUUGGUGACAGAAUGGUCAUUCAUAUCCCUGAAGCUAAGAAUGUGAAUGGUCCAGUAUCUUUGUACCGGGUGGUUGUUUCAGUGGAACUAUACCAGCAAGGUUACAUCGCCGAGACACUUGGUAACUACACAUAUGCAAUGGACCAGGGCUUACCUUACUACAUAACAGCAGAAUUGGAUCCGUAUGAUAUAAAAAAUGACUUUAUUAUUGGAGAUAGAAGUACCUACAAUGGAUUCUAUAAUGCACCAUUACCACUCACUAAUGAUAUUGAUGUUUCUCUUGGCAUUGUUAGUGAGAAAAAUCAUGUUAAGAAAAUAAGGUAUGCGGAGUCUACUAAAAAGAUUAUUUUAAAUAUUAACGAGCCUGAAGAUACUCAGAAAUGUGGUGGAGUGAAUGCUUUAAGUGUAUGUGAUACAGAAGUGACAGCUCCGGGGCCGCCGGCCUCAGUAGAGGUGGUGAAUGUGACAGAGACGACGGCUCGCGUGCGGUGGACGCAUCCGCAGGCACACUCGCUCAUCACUGGGUAUGUGAUGCGGGCUAUCGUGACCGAAACUUAUGCCGAUGUUCUGCUGCCGCCGUUAGAAUGGCGGUUCACAAACGAUACAUCCCAUAAUGAACUUUUAAACUUGCAACCAGGCUCGGCAUACUCUGUCAGUGUUGCUGCUUUGAACUAUGAUGAGGAAGGUCCCAACAUUACUACAACAUUGACUACGAUGAUUGGUACUCCAGAUCCAAGCCCUCCAGAAAUAAUUAUUGUAGACAGGAUUGGUGACAGAAUGGUCAUUCAUAUCCCUGAAGCUAAGAAUGUGAAUGGUCCAGUAUCUUUGUACCGGGUGAUUGUUUCAGUGGAACUAUACCAGCAAGGUUACAUCGCCGAGACACUUGGUAACUACACAUAUGCAAUUGACCAGGGCUUACCUUACUACAUAACAGCAGAAUUGGAUCCGUAUGAUAUAAAAAAUGACUUUAUUAUUGGAGAUAGAAGUACCUACAAUGGAUUCUAUAAUGCACCAUUACCACUCACUAAUGAUAUUGAUGUUUCUCUUGGCAUUGUUAGUGAGAAAAAUCAUGUCAUGAAAAUAAGGUAUGCGGAGUCUACUAAAAAGAUUAUUUUAAAUAUUAACGAGCCUGAAGAUAUGUCCCCAAUGGUUGUUGCUCUCGGAGCUGGGAUUGCUAUUGGUGUAGUUCUGUUGCUGAUAGGAGUUGGUUUUCUUAUAAUACUGAGAAAGAGGAUCCAUCUGGCUAGACUUCAAAGAGGGUCUCAGUCUCUGCCUCUCAGCCUCAGUGAGCCUUGUGUAGAGAUAGAGAACUCAGGGUUUCUGCAAGAUGAGGAUGAGAGAGUAGAUUACUAUGGAAACUUGAAAAGAAAAUUGUGGAAUAUCCCUAGAAAUUUAUUAGAUAUAGAUAUCUCAUGUGUUGUUGGUUUGGGCAGCUAUGGUAAGUUCACCAAGGGCAAAGUCCAGCAACAUGGAGCACAAACACCUGGUCUGGUUCAGGUGGUAGCCGACAGAGAACUUGAGAGACCAGAUAAGAAACUUAUGCUGCAAGAGUUAGAUCUUCUCAUUAAAUCCAGUGAACAUGAAAAUGUGAUAUGUCUCCUGGGGAUAUGCGAAACAAAUACUACCUUAUUUGUUGUCUUGCAGGACUCAAGGCAAUCGCUUAAAGAAAUGCUGCUGCAGAGCAGGCACAGAGAUCUUCAAAACAAUAAGUUCUGUCUUAUUACAGAGAAUAAAUUGCUGCAGGUAUGUGUUGAUGUCUCAAGUGGCAUGGAAUAUUUGCACAGUAAAAAGAUUAUCCAUAAGAGGCUGUGUUGUCGUAAUAUAGCAAUCGGUGAAGAUGGGCUGGCUAAAGUGUCUGGUUUUGGGUUGUCUCAUAUGAGGCCUCUGCACGAAACCCCUGAUUAUACAAGGUGGACAUCUCACGAGAUGUUAAGACAGAGCAGAUUCAACCCGAAAGCUGAUGUGUGGUCAUUUGGCUGCUUGAUGUGGGAGGCGAUGACUUUGGGUGCGACACCAUAUUCGCACUCUGCUAACAAAGACGUGGCAGCGCGUGUGCUACGCGGCAUGCGGCCAUCUCAACCGUCGUACGUCGCCGAUGAGUUGUUCCAGAUAUGUUUACAAUGUUGGCAAGUAGAUCCCGACGAGAGACCCACAUUUACCUCACUCCUCAAUGAACUUUUAUCAUAUUCUGAGGGGCCUGGAACUAGAUGUUUAAGUUUUACUCAUUACAAUGGUUUUAAUUAUGAACCUCACAUUCCACAAUAUGAAAUAGUCUCAUAGCUUUAAGAUAAUUGUGAAGACAUUAGAUGUAUAUAGUUUUAAUAUACCUGAGCCAAUUUUUAUGUUUAUUGUAGCAAGUAUUGAUUACUUUAAUCCAAAGAUGAUCUUAUAUAUUGGCUGCUAACUAACAAUUUAAUUACAAUAGCUGAAAUUAUAGGAGGCAUUUAGAUAGAAUUGUAUUAUAUUAGGUAGAUUCAAGCAUUUAUCUCGUAGCGGCUGUAUUUAACUAUAACUAUACUAUUGGACUUGGAGCAAUAAUAGUGUUACCAAUCUAACUUUAAUGUGAUGACCACUACUUAACCAAAUGCUAAAAUGCAAAAUAUUGUACUUGGCAUAAUUACUGAACAGUAAUUUAUUCAUUUAUAUCAAAUGAAGAUGUGUAAGUAAUCUUCCAAAUCUUUGACUCAAGGUCGUCAGUAUCUUAAAGUGACGCCAUCAUUUUUUAGUUUAUCUCAGCACCAACACGCUGACUCAUUAGUUGUAUAAAAAUACAUUGUCAUGACAAUACUUGUAUGCAUAUAUUUUUACUUGUUUUUGUGAUUUCGCAAUCCGUCCAGUGAUGUUUUACGUGUGAAUCUCAUUAUGACUUUUAUACUUAGUUUAUGAAAUGUCUGAGUAUGUUAUAAUAUAUACUCAAUUUUUCACAACAGCAAUAGUUUUAUUUACUAUUUUUCGGUCCACUUGCACUGUAGUUCGUAAGUGAAA